AUGGCAGUUAUCGUGGUGAUAGGCAGACGUUUCGGAGUGAAAUCAGUUAAAAAUGUCCCUCAAUCACCAGAUUCGAUGCUGUACAGCGUCAUCCUCAACAUGCGACACCGAAAAAUAAUCGAUACAUCAACCGCGCCCUCUUUGGAGUCCGGAAUUUUUGGCGUGCUCUUCACUUUAAGCCAGGAGAAAAACCAACAGCAUAUCUAUUACCAUUGGAUACUUCUUAAAAUUCUGUUAGAUGCGUGGCAGCUCUUUACAACAAUUGUGUCGCCUGAGUUGGGCUGGGAUAUCGACCCCGACAGCAUGGCAUGGAAGUGCGUAUCCGUGCUCAGCUUUGGCUGGCUGAAGGACUUGGGUUACAGGUGGUAUGUUGCCGUACUGUACAGCAUGGCCGGGCUGCUGGCGGUUAACUUGGUGCUGUGCGUUUGGGUGGCGUGGAGCUUCAAGGAACAGAAGUUUGACUACGUAUGGCCCAUAAAGGUCGUGCGAGGCUUCUCAUACGUCUUCCUACAAGUCUUCGAUAUCACCAGCCUAAAUUUUUUGCAGCUAGGGAUAUCCUGCAAUUACGUGGGGCCUGCCAAGCCACACCUUCACUUGUCCAUGUUCCCCUCACACAGCUGCUCAUCGUCGCCCCACAUAAUCCACGCGCUGGUUUCGGGGCUGCUGUUGCUGCUGUUUGUGGUGGUUGCCAUGUUGGUCAACAUGUCGGAGGUGGAGGUGAACCCUACUAGCAAGACGCCCCAGGCGCUCGGCCACAGCGGUGCAGAGGUUACGGCCUUUGGCAUCAAGGCACUAAUGACCCUGGUGGGCGUCUUCCUAGGCUGGCCCAAGGUCGCGGCAAUAGCGUACUGCCUUUUGGCAGCAUGGCUAGCGUGGGAAUAUCUUCGAUGGGUACCCCACCUGCUGACCUGGGUCAACUGUCUUAAAGGUGGUGUGGCACUAGCCAUGUUUGGGGUGGCUGUGAUGCAGCUCGCAAUUGCGCUGCAGCCCCGAGGACUAGAACGGCCGGGCGGGAUGGCUCGAACGGUGACCCUGGCGAUGGCAGUGGGUUUGGGUCCCCUAUUCCUUCUUGGCGCGUUGGCGACAUUUCUGCGCACCAAGCUCUUCACUGCUGCUGUCGUCAAGGCGUUUAAGAAUGCCGAUUACGAAGCCGUCAAGCCUCAGGAUGUUUACCACUUCGCCCACCCUCGUGACGUGGAGGUGGCGGCCCGCUGCGCCCGCGUGUGGACCGACCUGUACACGCUGGAAAAGACGGCGAUGCACCGGGCCGAGGAAAUCAUCAAGGCCGGCGUUGCGCUGUUCCCCGACAGCGCCUUCGUGGCCGCGGUGUACGCCAACUUCAUGUUGGACAUGUUGGGGUUCAGCCAGACGGGAGCCAGACAGCUCGAGAGCGUACGGAAGCUCAACCCGAGCCUCAUGUGUCGCUUCAUGCUCUUCGUGCGCCACCAGCAAGCCACACAGAAGGCGGCGAGCAGCAACGUUGGCAAGGGGGGCAACAUGGAUCUCCUGGGCUACGUGGAGUACCAGCGCAAGCAGCGCAUGGUGCUUCGUCACCACAAGGACGCACUGCAAGCCAUGGCCUACUUCUGGUUUCUGGAGACCAUUAAGCAGGACCCCUGGACCGCCGCACAGUUAAGGGCCCCCUGCCGCUCGCUGAAGCUCCAGCGGGACAACCGCGAACACCGAACGCGCAGGUAUCACGCCGCGGCGGAGCGGCUGGAGGAAAAUAAAGACGAGGACGGCCAGGGGCCAGCUCUUCCUGAUGGCACGCCCAUCAGCCGCAUGGAUGACGUGGAGAAGGGUGUGUUGGUGGUGAAUGCGUUUGGAGACAUUCAGGUCGCCAAUCGGAAACUGCACAACAUGUUUGGCUACAAAAAAGGCGAGCUGGAUGGCAAAAACGUCACAGUGCUGAUGCCACCACACGAGGCCAAGCGCCAUCCAGGUCUCAUGCGGCGCUACAUCGAUUCGGGCGACAAGGCGGCACCGUACUUUAAGCAUCCGGUGUUGGCAGUGCAUCGGGAGAGGGUGGCUUUCACCGUACGCAUCGCCGUCAGUCGCGCCUCUGGUCUUGGGGAGGAUAGUGUGUUUAUUGGACUGAUAGAGGCCCUCCCAGCCGAGCCCGGCAUGGGUCGCGUGUGGGUGACCCCUGAGGGCGUCAUCGUGUGUUGCGACCCGGGCUUCGUCACGUGCUUCGGGUGCGGCAUGGAGGGCGGGCGGGCAAGGGAGGGGGGCUCCUUGGGUUGGUGCAUGGGUGGCUGGCGGGAGCAAGAAUCAAGGACCCGGGGUCGUGAUGGGGGGGUGGUGGCGGUGGAGGAGGAGGAGGCGGAGAGAAGUUUAGGCAACGGAAAUUGCAGGUUCAUCAGGCUGUUGGCGACUGCUGAUGACUAUGGCAGCAACACCACGACGAGCACAGACGAGCACAACCGCUGCAGUGUACUGCAUAAGUACGACUUCGCCAAGGAGGUUCGGAUUGCCGUACGGUCGGACAUGACCAAAUCGAAUAUCUACGAGGUCCGCUUAAAACUGAUAUCCGACGAGCCCCAGCUGCUGAUGGUGGUGGAGCGCAAGGGCGCCAUCCGCCACAUGAGCGGAGACCUGGCCAAGGUGCUGGGGGUGGGCAUUGGGGACGGGCCGCAGAGCGGCCAGCAGGGCGGCGGUGGUGACGGUGGCGGCGCCAACCCCAACACCGACUACAACAUCGCAGAGGACCAUGUGAUGGUGGAGCUGAUGUCCGAGGGAAUGCAGCGCAGUCUAGACGAUUUCCUGCCAACGCCUUGGAAGGUUAUGCACUAUAAGUACAGAAAGUACGUCAAGGACGGCGCGCCAAACCUUUCCGGAUUGUGGGGCUGCCGCGCCGUACCUGAGGAGGGCAGCAACGCAGUCGGGCCCACGAUGCAGCUGGUGGGUGCGCACGGCAAGCCGGUCUACGUGCACGUAGCGGUGUCGUCGCGGGACAACCAGGGCGAGAUCUCGCAUGUUGUACGGAUGACCAGGUCGUCCAAGGAGCAGGCCAUCGCUGAGCGACGUCUACGACUCCGCAUUACGGAGGAUGGUGUCGUACAGGAGGUCCUGGCACCGGGAGGCUUCCAGGCUGCGGGUGCCACAGCCGCCGCGGCCCAAGGCGCCUCUGCGGAUCUGUUUGGAUUUCCGCCCGAGCAGCUGCUGGGCUGCCAGCUGUGGGACUGCGUAUUCCUUACAUCGCAGCAGGCCAUCGGCGGCGGGAUUCGGCCAUCGCAGGCGCAGGUGCCGCCGCCGCCGCGGUCGUCGCAGCAGCAGACCUUGGACUUGAUCAUGGAAGCUGAGGCAGCCGUCCAAGGAAGAGGAGCAGCUUGCAGUUUCGGUAGCGGCGGAGUUGUCAGCAACGACGGCGGCGGCAACGCCGCCCCCCGCCAGUGGGCCGGUGUCGCCGCCGGGUGGACCGAAAGCCAAAGCUUAAACCUGGGGAUGCUGGACACGAUGAUUACCAAUACUUUACAAUCACCAGGCGUAUCCUGGCGAGUGAAUGUGGUGCCUCCGAGCGCGUCUGUGGAGGCGGCCACCAUGGGCAGUCAGGAGCGGGCAGCGGCGGUGCUGGCCCGCAGGACCAAGCAAGCUGUCUUGCGGCUGGACGUCGCUCUGCCGCCACCCGGCCAAUUAACGACCCACGGAUCAGGCCGUCUGCUGGUGCAUGCCGAGUUGUGGGCCACGGAAGCCGUUACAGGUGUACUUGAGAUUGACGGCUCCGGUAAAAUUACUGGCGUCCUUGAGGAGGAGCCGGGGCAGAGUCCCGUGGGCCUGCUCACAGACAGCGGCGUCGCCAAGAAGAGCGCCCUGAAGGCCACUAGCCGUAAGGGCAAGAUUGUUGACAAGGCAAGUACCGUGGGCCCUGUGCACUACCUGGAAGGCUUCCACCGCGAUCACCGGCCGCUGCAUCUGGCGGUGCAGGUAGUGGGAAAGCCAGGGCCGGGAAACCCAGUCAUUGCCGUAAUCAGGUUCGCGUCCGGCAAGGCAGGUGGCAAGCGCGGCUUCCUGCGUCCCGGCCCAGGGCCUGCAGCAGCAGCCGCACCCGGAGCCCAGGUGCAACGGAGCCAUGUACAGCUAUCCUUUUCAGGCAAUGAGGCGACCCUUGCGCUGCCGCCGUCAGGGCCCUCCAUGCAGCUGUUACCACCGGCGGCUGUCGGCACCAUUGGUAGUGGCGGUCUGCCGCUGAAGAUGCGUGAAGCUACCUGCUCCCGAAGCGGCGCUUUAGGAGCACAACAGAUCACAGCUACCCGCGCAGUACUGCCGGGAAGUACCGCAGCGCUAGCUGCAGCCGCCACAUGCGCUAUCAGCUCGCAACCUCCACAACUCCCGGGCAGCACUACUGCUGGGCCAGCACCGGUGGCUGCGGUGGCAACGGCGACGGUGGCAGGCCCUGGGGCCUCCACCACAGGCACCUCCUCGCCGUUGAAGCCCACAUCGCCACCCGUCCUAAGCCCCAGCAAACGCGCCCUCCUCAGCGCUAGCCCCCGAGGUGCCCCAAAUCUGGGUGGCGGAGAUAUGGUAGAUGGUGAGCUGUCGGCUGUCGUACAACAGCUGGACGGCACCAAGGUGAUGGCAAACCUGCAGCCUAAGGCGUCGGCGGAGCAGUUGCUGUCUAGGGCGGGUGGGGAUGCAGAGGAACGCCGGCAGGCGACUGGCGAACCCGGAGGCCUGACGCUUGCGGGCGCCAUGAGAGCCCUCCAGCAAGGGGAAGCCGGUAACGAACGCAGUGUAAGAAGUGAUGUUGGCUGUUACAGUCGCUACUUAAUUAGCGCUGGCAUCUCGCCUACGCACGCCAGGCAUGUGCGCGGCCAGUUCCGUCUCAUUCUUGCCGCAUCUCGCAUCUGUCAUCUCCCAGCAACUAAUUGCCUGCUGCAACUACUGCCAAUCAUUUACCAACUCGCUGCAUCUCAGGGGGUGGAUAAGUGGGUAACAUCGGGCGGCCAGUUUUUUAAGAACCGGGCCCAGAGCCUGUGUGAGGCCGAUUUGGACGCGGAGGAGGAGGAGGAGGACGAAGAUGAGUACGGCUCCUUUGGUGCUACAAGUCGUGCCACGUCAUCCCACUGGAUGUCACCCACGGGCUCCCGCAAUUUCAUGGAUCCCGCACUGGAGGAGCAGCAGUGCGGCGGCGGCGGCGGCGGAGGAGAAGUGGGAGCGUUUGGACAACAACACCAUCAUCAGCACCAUCAGCACCAUCAACACCAUCGGCAAGGCGGCGCGAAUCCUCAAGGAGGCGGCGGAGGCGGAGGAGGAGGCUGGGGCAGCUGGGGCAGUGGCGCGCUGCCGCCACAUGCGAGGCUACCCGGAGGCGGUCCUGGCGACGGCGGAUUUGCGUCUCCUGAGGGGUUGACCGGAGAGCAGGAUGGUGUUGCGGCCGGCGCACUGGGCAGCUGGGGUCAAGUGGCGGAGUCGGGUGUGGAUGUGGCCAAGCCGCGGGCGACGGAAGACAUUCCAGAUGACCGCAGCGAUGGCGGCGAGAGCGCUCUCUCGGGCAUGUCCGGCAUGUCUGGCCUUUCCGAUGGCGAGACACCAGCAGACUUCAAGCGGGGAAAGCGCUACCGGAAGCUGGUAAAACUGAUGGACUCUCCAGAGGCACAGAAGACUGUGGUACGCAUGAAGAUUCACACGGCCCUCACCUUGCUUACGGCGGGCGUGAUACAUAUCGUCUGCUUCGCGCUCGUCAUUUCGGCCGUCAAGCCUCCGUUCUCUGCCGCACACCUGGGCGCAUCUGAGUUUCUAACCGCGCGGUACUUUACGUCCCUAUUAUUUCUUUCGUCCAUUAAACAGAAACAAAGAGAGGCAUUAAGAAACAUGGCCGAUGCGGGCCAUGCGCAAGUCCACCUUCAAAGGACGCUUGCGAACAGUAUCAUGGAGGACUGCCAGGAGUUUCGGAGCAUCAACAACAUUAUCCUCGGCAAGCUCGGUCGAAAUACUGAGGAUCUGUAUUAUAGCCGGGAAGUCACGGUCUGGUCCGGCAUCAAUGCAACCACCAAGCUUCCGUACUACGAAAACAUGACUCUCUGGGACAUGGUCACGCGUAUCUUUGUUUCCGCCAAGACGGUGUUUCAAAACCACGCCGAUUGGUCCAGACAGGGAAGCAACGUGUCCGCCACAGCAGCAGGGUCCUUCUUGCUCAAUAGCGGCCAGGCACUCAUACCGGGAAUGAACAAGAUGGUGAACGUACUGCUGGACGUCGCCAUAUGGCGGACCAAGACUGUCAACAUGCUGCAGCUGGCCUUCCUGAUCUUGGAGGGCUUCCUGGUCACGUUUAUUAGCGCGAUCAUUUUGGUGCAUAUAUUACGUUCAGCAUGCGACCAGCGGUAUCAACUGUAUGAGACGUUCCUGAAGAUCCCGGUUGGCCUGACGCGCGCCUUAGCUUCGCAGACAACUCAUUUGCUGGACGAUGAUGAAUCGGAUGACGAGGAGGACGAGGAAGCCAGCCAAAACCUGGAUAACACAGACGAGGGCCACCCCUCGGCGCAGAAGCGAAAGGCAUUUUUUGAUGAAAGCGGCGUUGGCGGCGGCGCCAACGGCCAGGACCACGGCAGUCCUGAGCGAGGCGGCGGCGGCGGCGGCGGCGGCGGCGGCCGCGGCACUACGGCAAGCGACCCUUUGGGAAAGCCGUACGGCAGUGGGGCAGGUUUGCGCAGCAGGCAGCGGCGUGGAUCUGUCGGCCCUGGCGGAAAUUCGAAAUUUGCCUUUCGCCAGAACGAUGACUCUACGCGAGGGCUGCUUCUCAGAACCGUUAGCAACCGCAUGCGCGGUGGCGGUGGUGGUGGUGGCGGCGUCGGGUGUCCUCCUUCUCCUGGCUAUCACCAGCCCCUGCCAUCGCCUGGGAUGGGCGGCCUAAGCAAUCGCUAUUCGCUUUCGGCAAUGGCCAGCGGCCGCGAAAGCAGCGACCACCGGCCGAGGCAGAGCUGGUUUGGGCGCGUCUUUGGAAAGUUCUGGCGCGCCAAUGUCGUCAGCCCUCUGCCGUCGCCGGUGCCGUCGCCGGAUGCCCAUGACGGGCCCGCGCGCCGUACCCUGGAGCGCAACAGUCGAAUCCCUCAGGCGACCCUAAUUUUCAUCGGCUGUUACUCCUUACUGAUCAUCCUCUUCUACAGCGUAUCGUACUCCAUCUUGCUGGGCGUCAAUGACAUGGUCGCAUUCCAGGGUGUGGCCGAUCACCACACUGAGCGCACAUACCGGACUGUGUUUUAUGCACAGGAGCUGGUAGCUGAGGAGGACAUGGUGCUGGUACCCCGCAGAGUCCAGGACCUGAAAGGCGCCGCCAUUGCGCUACGGGACGCCUACUAUACGCUGCGGAUGGGCGCAUAUGCCUGGACAGCUCUGGGGCGCGGAGUGGAGCAGUUCCCUCAUGUGCGCAGCCGGGGGACAAUCAGGGAGACCUCCGCCAUGUUUCAGAUCUUUUACGCGGACAACCAGUGUCUUCGGCUGCCGGAGCAUCUGCCGUGUCCACCACUGACCGACCGUUUCUACCAGAUUGUUCGGUCUGGUGUGGAUGGCAUGCUGACUCAGCUGCUGCUGGAGGUAAAGGGUCUAGCUGACUAUGCGGAAGCGGCCCUGGUAACCAACGCCAGCAAACCAGAUCUGAAGAGCUCACAAUGGGAGUUCAUCUACAGGGUCGGCACUGUGGAUCUGUUCGACGGUAACCAGCGGAUCGUGGUACAACACGUGGAGGACAUACGGAAAGUCUUUAACGCUGUUGUCGUUCUCCACGUGGUACUUUUUCUACUGCUGCUGGGCGUCUUCCUGGCCUUCUUAAUGGUCAUCUAUCUGCCACUGCUGCGCCGAAUGGCCAAAGAGAAACGCCGCAUAGCGGAGAUGAUGAGCCAGUUGCCCACGGAACUCGAUGUCAUGCGAUUGGUCAGCACCGCCCUCAUGGGCCCCAAGCCCAAGCUGCAGCAUUCCUACCGCCGCCGCAGCCAGGUAGAUGCCGCCGCCACAUCCACCCGGCGCAUCACUGUCGGCAUGAGCAAUGUGGAGGUGGAGCCUGGUUCCGGAGCCUUGGUCGGUGGCGCCGUAAGCGGCGCGAUGGUGCUAUCAGGUGACGGCGGUCUCGGAGGAUUUGGAAGCGGUGGCAGUGGUUCAGCCAAGAUCGGCGACGUCCCCGUCGGCAGCAAGGCUUAUCAGGCUUGGAAGGACAUCCUGAAUCGGGCAACAAAUGUCAGCUCCAUCACAAAGUCGGAGCCGAGCAUGGCGACUGCGAAAAGGUCCUCCGGCAGGCCGACUCAGGUAAAGCAACAAAAACUGCCCGAAGAGCAGAGCGCCGAUGAAUGGUAG